AUCUACGUUGUAAGCUAACCAAGUUAAACAACGCGGGGCAACGACAUCUGGAGGUAGGUAAGUACAUCAUGUACGUACCCUACCUAGUACUACUAGGUAUGUAGGUAGGCAUUAUUACGUACCCUAGGUACUUCAAGACCUCAAUGUUAUCAUUCAACUAUAAUACGUACAGACAUUGAACCCUAUGUAUCCUACAUUCGCUCGUUUGUACAUCUUCAUCGCAUCUUUCGUAGCGUUUCAUAAUACACCAACUUCUUGAGCAAAAAACACGAUGAAGCAAAAAGGAACUCGAGAGGCCAGUCAUGCAUAUAGCUGGUACGAUGGGGUCCCGGAUACCUUAUCUAACCAGCUAGACAGCUUCCUAAGCCAGGUCCCGAGCUCUCUCAACGGCAGUAGCCUACCGAUUCCCUAUGCUAAGGUCGUCAUUGCUCCGCACGCAGGCUACUCAUACUCGGGGCCAUGUGCAGCCUGGGCCUACAAGGCUCUUGACCUCAGUAAAGCUAAGCGAGUCUUCGUCCUUGGACCCUCACAUACAUACUAUCUUCGCGGGUGUGCUCUUACCAAGUUCGCCCAAUACGGCACCCCGUUCGGCGACUUGACGGUGGACGAAAAAGUUAUCCAGGAGCUACGUGACACGGGCAAGUUCCAGGAUAUCCCUUCAAGAAGCGACGUCGACGAGCACUCGCUUGAGAUGCACCUACCGUAUCUUUAUAAACGCUUAACGCAGACGUUUGCCUCCGACACUGAAUUCCCUACCAUCGUACCGAUCCUCGUCGGGGAUAACAACGGCGCAGAAGAAAAAGAGUUUGGUAAGAUAUUGGCGCCCUAUCUACAAGACCCCGAUAAUGCUUUCAUUGUGAGCUCCGAUUUUUGUCACUGGGGCUCGCGGUUCAGCUAUACGGCAUACGCGCCCGAAGGCAAGGUUGAGCAGCUACAGUCUCUGUCCAGAAAAACAGCAAUCCCCACAAACCCGCCCAUACAUGAGAGCAUUAAGCAGGUGGACCAUCUGGCCAUGGACGCGGUUGAGUCCGGCGACCACAACAAGUUCGUUGACAACCUCCGAUUGACCAAAAACACGGUGUGCGGACGACAUCCUAUUGGUGUCAUGAUGGCGGCGCUGGAGGAGUUGGCGAAGGAGAAUCCGGAGGAGGGCAAGUAUCGCUUCAAGUUCGUGCAGUACCAGCGGAGCAACUUGGUCGAGGAUGUCUCCGACUCGAGCGUGAGCUAUGCGUCUGCUUAUGCAAUUAUUUGAUAAAAAGUGGUUGAGGACAUGCCCUGGUGAAGAGAGGGGGCGAUAUGCGAAUAAGCAGACGCGUAGUCCACAUUCCAUCAAGUUAGAUCAGAAGAUGCGGCUGAGGGUUAAAAUCGAUUGGCCGUUAUAAACUGCCUCUCCAAGUAACUGUCUAGAGGCUAGAGCUAGCUUUACCAAUUUUGAACUGAGUAAAAUUCCCGAAGUUCCUACCCCGUUAGACACAAGAUGUUGCUAUUUGGACUUAUUUGGCGAGUGGGAUAACACCUGGUUACCCUGUGUAAUAGCUGACAGUAGUUAAUCCGCGAUGGCUAGGGCUGAUGAAGCUGCACAUGAUUGUACCAUUGGGCUCUUUAUGUCGGUCAAGGGGGUGGCAGUUCCUAUUAAGCUCGCUGUUAGUUCAGGCGGGCAUCUAUGUUGCAUAUACUAAACCAAGAUGAUGUAGGCCGUGGAGUGGCCAGUGUAUUCUUGAUAGUCCCGUUAAAUCUACGUAGCUCUGGGCCUGAAUAUCGAGGAACCUUUCUCAGUCUUAUUAUGGUGUGGGCUAAUAUCGUCACCGGGGGACAUGAUAUAUUCGGUAUCAAGGCGUGUUACAAUGCGAGGAUUUUGAUUCUCCAAUAUUGAAUUUAACGGAGCUAACA